AUGUCGAAACCAACGGCGGACUGGGUGCGGGUCGGCGACUGCUUCUACCGCCGCAUCCCCCUCUAUGCCGAUGUCUUUGACGUCGACGUCGAGCUGGAACACUAUACCCUCACCGGCGCUCCCUACAGUGGUGCGGUAGCCCUUCGUCGAGAUGAGAGCAGAAUCUCCUCCUUCCGCGGUCACAAUCCCACCAAAUCCACCAUUGACAUCUACACCUUCUCCGGGAAGUUGAUGCAUCGGAUCCCCUGGGACAAGGGUUCUAUCAAGUCGGUGGGAUGGUCAGAGGAUGAGAGAUUGUUGGUCGUCACCGACGAUGGAAUGGUGCGCAUGUAUUCCGACUUGCAAGCCGACUUCACCCACUUCUCCCUCGGACACGGCGCGGAGGAGCAUGGAGUGCAGGAUUGUCGCUUUUGGCCCGGUGGAUUCGUCGCACUGCUCGGGGACAACCGUCUUGUUGCUGUCAACCGCUAUGAUGACCCCCGUCCACAGCUGCUGGCAUCCGCCCCUCCCGGUAUCGUCACCUCCUGGACUGUGGUCCCUCCCGAGCACACAUCAUCCCGCUCCGUCGAAGUCCUGCUCGCUAUUGGCCAGACGGUCUACGUGAUUGACGCGCUCGAGUGUGAAGAUCGUGGCCUCCAAGCCGGUCCAUUCAAGCACGUCAGCGUCUCCCCAAACGGCAAGUUCAUCGCCUUGUAUACUGAAGAUGGCAAGGUGUGGGUCAUUAGUAGCGACUUUCAAAACAGAUUGAGCGAGUAUGAAUCCAAAGCCAGGACACCUCCAAAGGACUUGCAGUGGUGUGGGAACAAUGCUGUGGUGUUGGCGUGGGAGGACGAGAUACAUCUCCUCGGUCCAAAUGGCGCCUCCGAGACCUUUCAAGACUACGACUCUUUCGUCUUCCUCCUACCUGACAUUGAUGGCGUCCGCAUUUUGACCAACGACAAGUGUGAGUUUCUCCAAAAAGUACCAGCACCAACCGAAGACGCCUUUCGACUGGGAUCUGAUGCGCCCGCGGCCAUCCUCCUCGACGCGCUGGAUCACCUGGAGAAAAAGUCUCCCAAAGCAGACGACAACAUCCAGAUGAUCAGGUCAAAUCUUGACGAGGCGGUCGAUGCCUGUGUACGUGCGGCCKGGCAGGAAUACAGCAUUCACUGGCAGAAACAGCUCCUGAAAUCGGCGUCGUUUGGAAAGUCGGUGCUCGACCUCUACAACAGCGAUGAUUUCGUCGACAUGACCGAGACGCUGAGAGUGUUGAAUGCCGUGCGAUUCUACGACAUUGGCCUCCCACUAUCCUACGAGCAAUAUAUCCGAUUGACCCCCGAACGACUCAUUCAACGUCUGGUCAAUCGACAGCACUAUCUCCUCGCCCUCAAGAUUUCGGAAUAUCUCCACCUCCCCGUGGAUCGAAUCUACGUCCACUGGGCCCGCCAGAAGGUGCGCAGCUCCAACUCCGACCAGGGUAGUAUCUGUGAGGAGAUUGUUCGCAAACUCAAGGGCAAGCGAGGCAUCUCUUUUGAAGAGGUAGCCCAAGCGGCAUAUGAUGACGGCAGGGGAGAACUCGCCACGGAACUGUUGGAACAUGAGCCAAGAGCUGGCAAACAAGUUCCUUUACUGUUGAGUAUCGGGGAGGAAUCCAUCGCAUUGGACAAGGCGAUUGAGAGUGGCGACACCGACCUCGUGUUUUACGUGCUAUUGAACUUGAAGAAAAAGAUUCCCCYGUCCAGCUUCUUCCGAACCAUCAACAGCCGGCCCGUUGCCACCGCGAUUGUGGAAUCCUCGGCCGUCGAUCAAGAUCAAGAAUUGCUCAAAGAUCUCUAUUAUCAAGAUGAUCGAAGGCUGGAUGGUGCCAAUCUGCUCAUGUCCGAAGCACUUGUUGCCAGCGACAUUGGUCCCGCGACGGACAAGUUGAAAAUGGCCGCCAAGUUGCUGCGAGACAGUAAAGAGUACACCUUGCAAGUCACGGCCAUGGAAGACGCGCAGAAAUUGCUACACUUCCAACAAGCGUUUGAAAAGGAUGUGGGCGAGCGCUUCAUUGGGCUGUCGGUGAAUGAGACGUUGAGCAAGCUGAUUCAAAUGGGCAAUUUCAAGCGUUCCUUGAAGGUGCAGAGUGAGUUUAAAGUUACCGACAAGACGUAUUGGUGGAUUCGGUUGCGAUCGUUGGUUAGGAGGAGAGAUUGGAGGGAGUUGGAGGAGAUUUCUAAGACGAGAAAGAGUCCUAUUGGAUGGGAGCCCUUCUUUAAUGAGAUUCUCGGCGCGGGAAACCCCAAAGUCGCGGCUGUUUUCAUCCCCAAAUGCACCACGCAGACUCCGGCUGAGAGGAUUGAGAUGUGGGUGAAAUGUGGAAUGGUGGCCAAGGCUGGGGAGGAGGCGUUGAAGAAUAAGGAUCGCGGGAUGUUGGAGGAAUUGAGGGGGAAGGCUAGUGGGGGUGCUGUGGUGGAGAUUGAGAGGAUGUUGAGGGUUUUGGAGAGAGGGCGAUGA